CAGAGCCUCCACAUGUCUGAGGGGAAACGUACGGUGCAGCCCGAAGAGGAUGAAAACAGAGGGAGAAGGUGGUGAAGUUGUUUCUCUGCGGAAUCUGCUCGUCUUGAGUUUACUCUCAGUGUCCACAGAUCCUUUAUUCGAUGGCCAUAAGAAAUGGCGUCCGGUCUGAUCUCCCCAUCGCACGCUGUUCCGUUUACAUCUGUCUCUGCAAUCAGUCGACCUGCUCACGCGAAACAUUCUUGUUUGUGGACGUCUACAGGCCUUAAUCGCUCCUUUAAGCCAAGUGUUACGAGUGGAGGGAUCAGCAGGCGACAGCCACAGUCCAGCCCCACCUCCUCUAUAUUCAACGCCACCUCUAAGUUGAUUACUCCGGCUGUCGCACACCCGCACCUUCAUCGUAUCCUCCUCUCCGUCAGGUUAGACGCUGGCCUCAAGUGAACUGAAAGAAAAGAGGAGAAACACAGAAGCCCCCUCCCCGUGGACGCCAUUGGAGAACUAAGUGGAUUGAAGAGGGCAGAGAGCAAGUGAGGGAGUCAGGCGAGGGCGGGAGGGGGGCAGAGGAGAUUAUCAGAUAAUCCAGAGCGUGGACAAUCCUGAAGGAGCCUCGUUGCUCUUCCAGGCUGAUGCAGACAAAACAGUUACUGGAUUACGCCUCUCAGCUUUAUCAGCCUUUUCAAGAAAGCGUCGUUCUCCUUUUUCCUUCGCUCUGAUUGUUUUCUCUGACUGUCGGAGGUCUGGUGUCGGAACCGAGGGGACGGAGGACAAAGAAGUUUGGCGACAGAGCUGGUGUGGUCUACAGGCAGCGUGGUGCACACAUGGAUAAAUCUCUUUAGAGCGAGACGGUGCAUAGUGGUGGACCCCCCCCACCAACCCUGUCUCCUGUCCCUCCCUCCCUCCCUCUCUCUCUCUAGCUCUCUCUUCCUGAACUUUGAGGAAGAACAAGUCAACGGAUGAGACACACACACGAUCCUGUCAGACGCUGUUGAACACACACAGAAAGGAGCCACGUCCAUGGACCCCUGUACUGGAGUUCAACUCUGACUGACAUGCACCCACACUCCCAUUUGAAUUAAAGGGAAAUUCCACAACUUCUCUGCGGCCAUGAGUCUGGGAAAACUGCCAGGGAUGAAGGGCCUUGUGUCUGGCUCGCAGGGGAAACGCCGGUUCAAGAGCGACCUCUCUGUGGACAUGAUCAGCCCUCCAAUGGGCGACUUCCGACACACGAUGCAUGUUGGCCGCGGCGGGGACGUGUUUGGUGACACUUCCUUCCUUAGUAACUACGGGGGCGUCAGGGAGCCUGGAAGUCCAGAUUCCACAAGCAGCUCCAAGACGACCGGUUUCUUCACACGCACCUUCAAGCACGUACGGAAAAACUCCGUGCCACGGCCGCGAGGGGGCUCCCGGGAUUUAUCCCCGCCGCCAGACGUCUCACCCAUCAUCAAGAACGCCAUCUCCCUGCCCCAGCUCAACAUGGACUCCCCCAAUGGGUGCAUGCAGAGGAUGAUGUUCCCCAGCUCUGUCAGCGCAACAGAGGACUCCCUCUGCACUUAUGGUCUUCAGUCUGGAUUCGUCACUCUGCCCCGCCUCCCUCGCUUCGACAGACAGUUUCAGGACGGAGACGUGCAGAGAGGGUCUCUAACAGACGGCGGCGGCGGCAGCACCAUGACUCGCUCGGACUCCCUGGCCUCGUUCACCGUAGACCUCGGACCUUCUCUCAUGACUGAGGUGCUCAGCUUGAUUGACAACCCCCGCUGCCUCCAGAUGUCCAACCACAGCCAGGCAGCAGAUGAGGAAGAUGAGGAAGCAGAAGAGGAAGAUGAGGACUCUCUAACAGAGACGCCUGUGCAGAGCCCUGAGAUGACUUCACCCAACCCGUCCAUGAGCAGCGGGUCGUUCAGCAGGACGAUGUACAGCAGAGGACGGUCAUGCAGCUCUAACAGGGACGAGCCAGAGGAGGACAGGAGGUCUCUGGGGACGCCAGACAGGUCCACUGGGUCUCCACAGAGAGUGGAGUCUCUCAUGGAGGCAGAAAAGUUCCAGAGGGCAGCGGACGUGCUCUCUCGUCAUUACGGCGGAGGGUCCUUCUCGAAGGGGACGAGGAUGAGCAGCAGCACCCCCUCACCUGCUCUCUCCUGCAGCCGCAAAACACCGUACAGCUUCCCUGAGGAAGAGGAGGAGAUAAAAGUGUAGAUGUUGAAAUUCAAACUAAACGUUCAUCCAACGGAAUCGUGGAAAACAUUGAGGGAUCUGAGGGUUCUUGUAAAGUCAGACAGGUUUGUAUGAUGUUCUGUUCUUCCUCUGCAGAAGCAUCCCUCCUCCUCCUCCUCCUCUUCCUCUUCCUCCUCUUCUCACACGCACCGUCGAUCAGCUUCCAGAUCCUGGUCUGUGUUCAGUUUCUGCAGGAGGAAGGUUUUCAUCAUGGACCUGGAUCCUGGACGUUCUCCGCUCUCUGCUCAACACACCAGUUGGGAAAUGAUCCAGAUUAUUUAUAGCAGAAACUUUGUUACAUGGUUUGAGUCAUAGAAUGAAUGAAUCCAUGAGGACGCUCUGAAGAACAGUGGGUUUUGAAAGACUACUUGUUUGUGCUCAGCUGAUCAACACCUAACACCACAUGAAACACGAUUUACACGAACAAAGAUCACAGCAUUUUGACUCUUUUUUCAUAUUAAUGUUGUAAACGUCUGCGUACGUUGUAAAUAAAUUCACUGUCAUAGGAAAUAAAAGGUUUUUUUUACAGUUGCAGCUGUUAUAUACU